AUGUCAGAGAACAACAUCAGCAUUCCGGAAAUCAAGUUCACUAAGCUGUUCAUAAAUGGAGAAUUCGUGGACGCCGUUUCAGGAAAAACAUUUGAAACGAUUGAUCCAAGAAACGAGGAAGUGAUAGCUCAAGUUGCAGAAGGAGACAAAGAAGAUGUUGACCUAGCGGUCCAGGCUGCUCGAGAAGCUUUCGACCAUGGAAAAUGGCCUCGUAUGACUGGCUUCGAAAGGGGAAGGAUAAUGAUGAAAUUCGCGGAUUUAAUAGACCAAAAUAUAGAAGAAUUGGCUGCCAUUGAUGCUAUGGAUGGUGGAAAGUUGUUUAGUUGGCUCAAGUCCAAUGACAUUCCAACAGUAGCAAAUUUCCUUCGUUAUUAUGCAGGCGCUGCAGAUAAAAUCCAUGGAGAGAUGUUGAAGAUGUCAAAACAAUAUCAAGCAUACACAUUGCAGGAGCCUAUUGGUGUUGUGGGUCUUAUCAUCCCGUGGAACGUUCCCUCUACCAUGUUCUUUAUCAAGGUUGCUCCUGCCUUAGCCGCUGGCUGCACUAUAAUAGUCAAGCCUGCUGAGCAAACACCACUCUCUGCUCUAUGCUAUGCCCAUCUUGCUAAGCUGGCUGGAAUUCCUGAUGGAGUACUCAAUGUUGUUACUGGAUUUGGGCGUACGGUUGGUGCUGCCAUUAGUUCUCAUAUGGACGUUGAUAAGGUUAGUUUUACAGGGUCCACAGAAGUUGGGAGGUUAAUCAUGAAGGCUGCAGCAGAAAGCAAUUUAAAGCCAGUUUCACUUGAAUUGGGUGGGAAAGCACCUCUUCUAAUUUUUAAUGAUGUUGAUGUGGACAAUGCAGUUGAUCUUGCUCUUCUAGCCAAUUUCUAUAACAAGGGAGAGAUUUGUGUAGCGGGAUCCCGUGUUUAUGUUCAGGAAGAGAUUUAUGAUAAGUUUGUGGAGAAGGCAGCAGAAAAGGCUAAAACUUGGGUGCCCGGGGAUCCAUUUGAUCCCAAUGCUCGAGUGGGACCUCAGGUUGACAAGAGACAGUUCGAUAAGAUCCUUUCAUACAUUGAGCAUGGCAAAAAGGAGGGUGCCACCUUGUUGGUUGGGGGUAAACGCUUUGGCGAUAAGGGCUACUUUAUUGAGCCCACCAUUUUUGCUGAUGCUAAGGAGGAUAUGUUGAUAGUGAAGGAGGAAAUAUUUGGACCUGUGAUGUCUCUUAUGAAAUUCAAGACUGUUGAGGAAGCAAUUGAGAAAGCCAACAAGACAUGUUAUGGCCUGGCAGCAGGAAUUGUGACCAAGGACCUAAACUUGGCCAAUAGAGUCUCAAGAUCAGUGCGUGCUGGCAUCAUCUGGAUAAAUUGCUAUUUUGCCUUUGACAUGGAUUGUCCUUUUGGGGGUUAUAAGAUGAGUGGGUUUGGAAGGGAUCUAGGGCUACACUCCCUCAAGAAGUAUCUCCAAGUGAAGUCUGUUGUGACUCCCCUCCAUGAUUCUCCUUGGCUCUAA